GUGGCGCCGCAGUGCGCCCUCCCCGAGCGCUCCGCUAUGGGUCAAGACCCGCCGCCGCCGGGUCCUUCGGGCCGCGGGGUCCGGGCGGGUAGCCCGCGCAGGGGCAGCCAAGAGAAGAAGAAAACCAACUCAAAGCCCAAACAUGUUGAUGAGCAGGAAAUCCCCUAUCGGCUUCGGGAACUCAUCAAGAGCAGAGAAGAGAUGAAAAAUCCCAAGAACAGGAGGAGAAGGAAAGCAGCGAGCAAAAGGAAACCUGUAGCCCAGGGUGAUAUUCCCGUGCCCAAGUUCAAGAGGCGGAAGCAAGAGUCGGUGUCGGCUUACAUCCAGCGCAUGGAGCAGGAGACCCAGCACGUCCUGUUUCUCACCAAAAACCAGCUGCAGCGCAAGCCUGAGACUGAGGAGCCGGCCCCAGAGAAGUCACAGAAGAAGAAGAAAUUUCAGAAUAAACGACUGGAGAAGAUGCGAAAGAAGGGAGAGGAGAAGAAAGCAGCAAUGCUGGAGAAGGCCUUGUUCCAAGAUCCAGUCCAGUUUGGCGAGGUCGCCAUGCAGCCGCCAGCGCUUACCGUGAAGCCCAGAAAUGGGGUAAACAAAGAGAAGGCUCGUCCGAGGCAGCUCCUGCUGACGGCUCUCCUGGCUCCUGGCCACGCGAUUCCUGCCCGCAAAGCUGUCCCCAUGUCCCUCGCUCGCCAGCGCAUCAUGGAGGAGGAGCGGGAGAAGGUCAUCCAGGCCUACAGGAACCUAAAGAAACGCAGACAGCAGCAGGCGCCCUAGAGCUGCCUCGCAGGGGACAAGCAGGAGAAGCCAGUCUGAGCCCUUGGGCAGCCAGUGGUGUCCUGGCGGGGAGAUGUGGCUUUGGCCUCUCAGUACAUGUGGGGAUGCCGAUAUGGUGAGAGGUGUCCUCAGGUGCUCCAGGGAUCUGCUGUAGGGGGAGGAGCCCUCCCCGUCAGUCUGACUGAGUCACCAGGACACAAGCCCAGGAGGGCAGAAUCUCACAGCCCCUCCCUCAGUGUGUGGAGCACAAGGCUCUUAGCCAAGCAGUGACAGCAGCCAGCCCCUCACCUGGUGUAACAUGCUGCAUCAGGCCCCAGAACUCUGCUCUGCCCCCUUCCUGCUGGAGCAGAACCACCUGUGACGGGAGGGUCCAGCCCCCGGACCCGAGUCUUUGGGAUCUGCUCCUUGUCACUCAAAGGCGCAGCCCAGAGGCAACACCAUGUUAGCAGCAGGAGGCAGGCAUGGUGCCAUGGCUUGGGCUCUGUGCGGAAGGGAAGGUAAAGGGAGGUGCUGGAAAAGCCCAUUUGUGACCAUGCAUCCCUGCUGCUCUCUGAGUGCUGCCUGCCUUCUUGGCUGGGGGAGCUCACUGGGCCGGUGCCCGGAGGUGCCGAACCCGCUGACAGGAAACACUCUCAAAGGGGCAGUCUCACACGGAGCUGCCUGUUUGUGCCCCGGACCACCUCACCCUCACCAGGCACAGGCAGGGCAGGCCCCAGUGGUGGCUGCAGAGCCAGCAAGCUGCCACUCCUAGCCUGAGCUGGGGGAUGUUUGCUCCUUCAGCCAAACUCAAUAAACAGCAGGAAAACGAAUGGAAA